CUCUCUAUCAAACCCCAACCAUACAAACUCUCUCUCUCCAAACCAAGCCUCACAAACCAUUUCUCUCUAAACCCACCCAGCAUCCGAACCCAAGUGCGAUUUCGCACUUCCUUCGCGCGAGAGUAGGCGUAACUUCGAGCCCAUCCCCCCGACAACCCACACCCAGACGCGAACCACCUCCUCACCUCCAUCUCCGUCGCUGGGCCUAUCUGAGAGUCUCAUCGAUCCCAAGAUCCAUCGCCACCCCUCUGCAACUCGUAUGCAGAAUCCUGAACCCCAGCACUCCAAGCCGAGAACCCAGAACCGGAAAUCUCCAACCGAAAUAUCUAAUGAGUCGUGACUUGAGCUGUUUUAAUUGAUUCUGUAAUCCGGUUAUCGGUACUGUACCAAAGCGAGUAACAGUAAUUCAUAUUCGAGGAUCGCUAUUCUCUCUCAACCAAUUGUCAGAAAGAGCUAAGAAGACAUUGAUACAGGUCAUUUAUCUCUAUAUUCAUGGUGAUGUACCACAAUUCCUUCCACGAGUAAAGAAGGAGAAGAAGAUUAGAAUACAUGAAUUCUUGGACACCCUCACCUUGCAAGUGGUUCUUUAGGAUACUUGGUGAUUUCCUAUGAUAUGGCAACUCAUGUUGCUGAAGUGGAGGUGAAAAUGUCAUACAAGUACUUCUUUAAGGUUCAUCAUAGAAUGUGCUCAGAACUUAUGGCAUCAGUCGACAGGAUAUCAAAGUUAUUUCCAGAAAUAACUACCACUAUACCUAGGUGUUCAACAGGAAUAUAUGCUGUAUCUGUGUUAAAACAAGCAAUCGAAAAAGCAAAGUUGCUCCUACAGUAUUGCAGCGAAGCUAGUAAACUCUUCCUGGCACUAACGGGGGAUGUGAUACUUUCAAGAUGUACAAAAAUUAGGAGCACAUUGAAGCAAAGUUUAUGCCAAAUUCAAGACAUGGUUCCAGCUUUACUAGCAUCAGAGAUCUCAACCAUAAUUGAUGAUCUUGCGGCAGCAACUUUCAUUCUGGAUCCAUAUGAAGAAGAGGCUGGGAAGGUUCUACAAGAGUUGAUCCAUGGAGGUACUUCUUCAUCAGAUUCCAUGGAAACUUCUGAAAUUAGAGCUCUUCAACUUGCAGCGUCAAGGCUCCACAUUUUAUCACCCAAGGAUAUUCUAUUAGAAAAAAGAUCAAUUCAAAGGUUGCUGCAUAGGGUUUCUGAGACUGAUUCUACUAAGAAGAAGAUAUUAACAUACUUCUUGUAUCUAUUCAAGAAGUAUGGAAACUUGGUCAUCCAAGAUCAAACAGAAACUGCCUCUGCUUGUUGUCGAAGCUCAUUUCAAUUGGAAAGUUCUGGUAAUGACUCUACAAGUAAUCGAUCUGCUGAAGUAGAACCGCUCACCGACCCAAGUACAGCACCAGAAGCACUGCACUCAUUGGAGUUUUCUUCAACUUCCAUUGCUAGCUUUAGCAGUUCCAUGAAUGACAUACGACUGCAAAUGGAUUUUAGCAAUGUAUCGCUUGGAUCCAUAGACGCCAGUUUCGGUUCGGAUUCUUCACGCAAUAAGACAACCAAUGGCUUGAAUUCUGCACAGAUUGAUGAUGGUUCUGGUAAAUUUCAAUCAUGUACUAAAAACACUGAGCCUGAGUUGGAAUUUUUAUCCAACCUGGGUGAGCUUUCUUGGGACUCCCGAUGGAAGGUUGUUGAAGAAGUCAAAAGGCAUUUGAAACGCAAUGAAAAAACCUAUUAUUCUCUGUCAAAUGAGAAUUUUGUUGAACCACUGGUAGCAUUUUUAAGGGAUGCACAUGAUUCUAAUGAUGUAAAUGCUCUGAAGAAUGGAUUGCAGUUACUGUUGACAUUUGUGAGCAAAAACAGGAAUGAAGGACUGUAUCUACGUGAAGAUGCAUUUGGUCUCUUAUCAUCAUUUCUGGAUUCAGUAGUAGCUGAAGAAGUUUUCACCAUCAUGGAAGUUUUGUCCAGCUACCCUUAUUGUAGAUCAAAGAUCCUGGCUUCUGGUGCUCUAAAAUCCAUUAUAAGAGCUCUCAACUCACAGAUCAGAGAUUUACAGGAGAACGCAGUAAAAGUUUUGUGCAACUUGUCCUCAAACCAUGACAUUUGUUCUCAUAUUGCUUCUUUUGAGUGCAUCCCAAAGUUGGUUUCCUUGCUUACUGAUAAAGCUCUUGUUGAAAAGUGUCUAUUUAUAAUGAAAAAUCUCUGCAAUACUGAAGAGGCUAGGACAUCUGUUGCUGAGACUAGCGGAUCCAUUGCUUCUAUUUCUGAAGUUCUUGAAAAUGGCAGUUCCGAAGAGCAAGAGCAUGCUGUUGAUAUCCUCCUCUCUUUAUGCUCUCAACGAAUUGAAUAUUGUGAGAUGGUCAUGGAUGAGGGCGUCAUCCCUCCUCUUGUCAACAUUUCUAUCAAUGGGAGCGAUAGGGGUCGGGUGAAUGCGUUGGAACUUCUCCGGCAACUAAGAGAUGUUAGCAGUGAGCCAGAAUGCCCUACAUUUGAUCUUGAUGCUAACAGAGAGCAAUCACAUUACUGAAAAACAACCGUCUAAGACAUCACGAUUCUUUGGGAGAAUUACGAGGUUCUCAAAAAACAAUGGGAAAAGAAAAUGAAGUUUAUGUCUUCAGCUAGAUUCAGAUAAGGUAGUCUCAGAAUCUUUUCUGGUUUUGAUCAAUGAUCAAUAAGAGAAUUGAGAGCUUUGUUCUUAAAUGGAGGGGAGAUGCAACCUGUCUUAGCUUAGCCAGGCUUGAUGUUUUUUUUUUUUGCUCUACUAGUUAUGCAGUUUCUAUUUUAAUUAUUAUUAUUAUUUAUUUUAUAUAAUUUUCUCUUUUAGGAGUGCCAAUUUAUUUGUCAUUUAUAGUGCAUGGAUACAAAAAAUGUAUAGUUCUGUAGUACUUGAUGUAUCUCUGCCGUUGACUUGUGGAUUGGUUCGGAUGCAUAUAUAAAAGAUGUGUUUUUGUACAGUUCCAUGUUUGCUCCUCUUGAACUUGAAAGAUUAUUUGACGAGUUUGGUUCUAAUGACAAUUAUUCUAAGUGCCCUUGAGAAUUGAAA